CGACACUAUGUCGUCCGCUGCAGCGAAGGCAGAGGCCCGCAGAAAAGCCAUCCUCAACAGAGGCGCAGACCGCCUUGCAAAGCUCACCACCUCUGCGCGAGGCGAGGAUUCACCGGUGUAUUCGUCUCCUGACCCGCCACCGGCACCUCUGCCAACCCACUCGCAGAACGUGAGACAAUUCCUCGGGGAAGACACCCCUGCUGCGACGCCUCCGAGACUGUCGCGUACUGCCAGCGACUCGCGUCCCACGUCGUUCGCCUCUACCCCGGACCCGACAAUCUGGUCCGAGGAGCAGCAGCAGCAGCUCUUGAACGCACUCAUGGGGGCCGCAGGAGGUGCCUCAUCCCUUCCAGGACAGCAGCCGCAACCCGCCGAGUCGCUUCCCGAACACAAUCCACUGGCCGCGCUCAUGGGCGCAUUUGCAGGGGCCGCAGGGGGCGCCUCAUCCCUCCCAGGACAGCAGCCACAAUCCGCCGAGUCGUUUCCUGAAGACCAUCCGCUCAACGCCCUUAUGUCCAUGAUGUCCUCGGGAGGCGGGCAGGGCGGUGCAGGCAUGCCGCCUGGUAUGGUCCCGCCCAACACGAACAUGUUCAACCAGACGCCUGAUCGACCUGCGAAGAAGACAUUCCUCCAAAAACUCAUGCCCCUCGUCCACCUUGUCGCCGGCUGGAUGCUACUAGCAUAUUUUGUCCUGUGGAAGGAGCCGCAAGCAUUUGAAGUGCAGCCGCAUACAUCUGGAUCUACCGGCUCUGCAUGGAGUAGAUGGGCAGAAUUGGCGUGGAGAAAACCGGAAGACAGCUGGGGUGUCCAGUUUGUGCCGUUCUUCUGGGCUUUUACGACGCUUACAGUUGUUCUGCAUUCGUGGAGGAUCUUCAAAGGAGUGGAUCCAGUCCGGCUGCCAACGCUACUUUCUUUUGCACUUCCGCAUUUGCCAGCACCGUUGCCAUCACUUAUCCUGAAUGGCAUGAAGUACAUGCAGAUUGGUAGCGUCUUCAUCGAUGAUAUCGCCGUUCUACUCUUUGGAGUUGGCUUUAUCAUAUGGCUUGCGAGCUGUUUCGCCAGCUAGACUGCACAUAAAACCACGCGCUUCAUGUGGCGGCACCCUCGAGGCGAGCGCGGCAAGCUCGAAACGUAUCGCUCAGUCGCUCACGAGCAGCAUAACCUCCUCUGAAGCAUCCAAGUAUUCUUUGAGCUAUGGGGACCCUUGGCUAAUAAAAGAAAAGCGAGAUAUGAACAUACCUUUGCAUCUGUUCACGCGUCGCAUACCCACGUUACGCAAGCCAUACUAACGUCACGCCAAUGUAUUCUACUCUAGC